UUACCACACCAAACACAUAAGGUUGAGCAUUUAGGAAAGAACAACAGGACACAAGUGAAAAUAUUGUUUCAGCUUUGCACAGAUCCACACACUGCACCGAAACGUGGGUCGCAGAUUUAAAGAUCCCUGCCAAUAGAUACGGUUGAAAGGAAACACUACAAAAUAUGAUGGAUGCGAUCGUGAAUAAUUGAUGGCUCAUCGUACACCGGCGGCAAGUGUGGCAGUGAGUGGAUUUCAGUGUUUGGCGUGAUUGUGACACAUUUACUGUACUACGCGCGUAAGCAUUUUUCCACCGGUAGCACGAUUCGUACACGACCGUUGCACGUGUUUUUCUUUAGUGUUACCAACGUGUACCCCGCUAGUUGGGGAGUGUGUACAUUACCGCACAGAACAUCGCACCAGGUGCAUUAAAAUGCGAAGGAUCCUCGUACAGAUAACGAUCUGUUUGGUGUUGAUCGAAACACCAAAUGUUUGGUGUAAAUUAUCCAGCUACAAAGCAAUCGUUCCACCGGUAAAGAUGAAGUCGGACGAGUUGGCCAAAUUUGCGGAAGUGAAUUAUGAUGACUAUCCGAUGGUAGUACCGAAACGGGCAGCGAUGUUACUGGACCGUCUCAUGGUGGCACUGCACCAUGCACUCGAGAAGGGCGACGGUGAGGAUGGCAGUGGGCGACCAAUCAACAAGGUGUAUCGGGAUGGACGCUACACUGGCAAACCCACGGUUGCGCUGGCACCGGCCAAAAUACCACCACCGCCGAGCAAAACGGAGCAACUGAUGAAAAGCUAUUAUGCCGCAGAUGCAGACGCGGAGGCCGAAGACAGGGUGGCUAACUCCAUUCCGGACGAGAUCGAUGACAUCGAGGCGCGGAAGGAGCUGCUGGACGAAAUGAUGGACAUUCAAACCCGGGGCACCGAAGACAAAACCAAGAAGGGCAGAUACUGGAAAUGCUAUUUUAAUGCGGUCAGUUGUUUUUAAGGCAAAGGGCAAAAAAGGGCAGUUAGUGCGUGAUCUUGAAGCUAGUUGCAAACCAAUUACAUAGCAAACCAUCGAAGGAAGUUUACCACUUAGAAGAAGUCAAUAGCUGCGACGAUCUCGAUACCACCGGAUGCGAUAAGCGGUGGUGCAACGCGACAAACAAUGCAAUUUAAAUUUAAACAUUCUAACAAAACCCAUCUAUAAGAAGGUGACUGGUCGUACUAUAUGGUCCGCUUUGUACUCACAUUCCUAACUGAGCAUAAACGUGUACUUUCAAUCAUGGGACACUGCGGGCGGAUAUGAAAUUGUAUUAUUAAAGUAUUGGUAUUGGUCAUAUUACAACAAAUUAAUAAAUUAAAGUUAAUUAACUAAGUACAAUGAUUUGUUUUUUUUUUAAAUUAUUAUUUGUUCUGAGUAACAUUCGAACUACAUAUAUGCAAGAUGUAUCACAUAGCCGGUAGUUGAUGUUUUUUUUUAAAUAAUUUGAAAACAUGAUAACAGAUCACCACGAGACGUAAGUCCAAUUACCAUUUACCAUUAACUACUGUAUAACUAUUCGUCCAGUGGUGGAGAUGGUAGCGGAAUCGCUCUCAAGAAGACAGAAUCGGAUGUCAAAUCCUAUCCAGAUCGUACUGCCGUACUCAGGACUUACUAUCCGCCUACGAGUAAAUCAACAAAACGAAAACCAGAAAUGGCAGGCCUCUCCUGAGAUUUAGCAACGACGUGCUAAAAUAGUAAUUUUUCAUAGACUGGCCUUUUACGCUGUCUCAACGCGAGAUCUGAUAUCAGAUGCAUGGUGAUCCGACUCCGACGAUUAGUUGUAUUUAGAUGGCAAAAUGUAAUACCCCUUUGAUCGUACAUUACGGGUUCUGAAAAAAGCGAAAGGAGUCUUCUGGAAUUUUAUCAACAACAAGCGUAAUUCGUCUGGCCUUCCGAGCGCCAUAACUUACAGGGGGUACCUCGCGAGCACACCUCAAGAGAUGAGCGAACUAUUAGCUACACGGACUCAUUCCAACUGAGCAUCGUGGAUCUGGAGACUGUAAACGCCGCACUGGUCAGCACGCUCAUGGAAGCCCUUCCGAGGGUCGCUACCGCAAUUGGACGCCUCAAAUCGUUAUACGCUCCAAUAUACUUAAACGCUGUGUUUCAACAAUUGCUCCAUUUCUAUCCAAAAACUUCGCCAAUCGUUGCAGUCUGGCACAUUCCUUUCUGUAUGGAAGAAUUGCUGGU